GGGAGAGGGGCGGGGCGGUAGGCGGGGCGGCCGGGUCACGAGGGCCGGGACGCCGCGGCCUCUGCGGAUAACCCGAGAUGGGGACCUCCCUGGACAUCAAGAUUAAAAGGGCGAAUAAAGUGUAUCACGCCGGGGAAGUGCUCUCUGGUGUGGUGGUCAUCUCUAGCAAGGACUCUGUCCAGCACCAGGGAGUGUCCUUGACCAUGGAAGGGACUGUCAGCCUCCAGCUGAGUGCCAGAAGUGUGGGUGUGUUCGAAGCCUUCUACAACUCUGUGAAGCCGAUCCAGAUUCUCAACAGCACCAUAGACGUGCUGAAGCCAGGAAAGCUCCCCAGUGGCAAGACUGAGAUUCCCUUUGAGUUUCCUCUGCACGUCAAGGGCAGCAAAGUCCUGUAUGAGACCUACCACGGCGUGUUUGUGAACAUUCAGUACACACUGCGCUGUGACAUGCGGCGGUCCCUGUUGGCCAAGGACCUGACCAAGACCUGCGAGUUCAUCGUUCACUCUGCGCCUCAGAAGGGGAAGCUGACUCCGAGUCCCGUUGACUUCACGAUCACUCCGGAAACCUUGCAGAACGUCAAAGAGAGGGCCUCACUUCCCAAAUUCCUCAUCAGAGGACAUCUCAACUCCACCAACUGCGCAAUCACGCAGCCCCUGACAGGCGAGCUGGUGGUGGAGCAUUCGGAUGCUGCCAUCCGGAGCAUAGAGCUUCAGCUGGUGCGGGUGGAGACCUGUGGGUGUGCAGAAGGCUACGCACGUGAUGCCACAGAGAUUCAGAAUAUUCAAAUUGCUGAUGGGGACAUUUGUAGAAACCUUUCUGUCCCUCUGUACAUGGUCUUCCCCAGACUGUUCACCUGCCCAACCCUGGAGACCACUAACUUCAAAGUGGAGUUUGAGGUUAAUGUGGUGGUCCUUCUUCAUGGUGAUCACCUCAUCACGGAGAAUUUCCCGCUGAAGCUCUGCCGGACCUAGUCUAGUCAUCUGCUCACACGUGGACAUCUGUCUGGUCAUCUGCUCACACGUGGACGUCUAUCCGAUCAUCUGCUCACACGUGGACAUCUAUCUGGUCAUCUGCUCACACGUGGACGUCUAUCCGAUCAUCUGCUC